CACGUGAUAUUUUUUGAAUUUUCAUGCAGAUAUGUAGCUGUAAAUAUCUACUAAAAUUUGUUUGUGUAGUAGCCUAGUAGGUUAGUUGCAUUGAAAAGUGCCAACCACCAUGCAAAUCAUAAUUCAUGAUUCUGAUGUUGUUUCUAUGAUAUUAGAAUAUCUACAUUCACGACAAUUGUAUGAAAGUGCUAUAGCAUUGGAACGGGAAACUGGAGUUUUUCCAGCUGCUGAUGGAUCAAUGCCUGAAAAUCUUCAAUAUUUGAGACGAUUAUCUUUAGAUGGGGAGUGGGAUAAUGUGUUGUUUUAUCUAGAACCUUUCACAGAACUAGGUGAAUUCAGCACUGAUACUCUCAAUUAUCUAGUACUGAGACAGAAAUAUAUUGAAAUUUUGCAUGGAAUGUCAGCAAAUAAAACAUGUUCUGCAAAAGAGAAAGAAAACCUAAUUAAAAUACUCAAAGAGAUUCAACCAUAUUGCACUGCAGAAGAACUCAACCAAUUGAAGGCACUGGACAAGUCUUUAUUUAACGAAAGUGGAAGUAUAUCUGCAUCUAGAUUUCGAUGCUUUAAAAAUAUCCUGGAUGUUUUAUCACCAAUUUUUGAUUCCUAUGGGCCCGGUGCAAUGGGCGGUGAAGUCGGGGGCCAGUGGGUUCAUCAGAAAUCUUCGCAAUCAGAUUUUACAAGGUUGGAAUCUGUAAUGUCAGACGCAAUGUUAUUGAAUGAGUGUUGUAAAUAUUGCAGACACAGAGCUCUAUCUGACAAGAAUGAACAGUAUGACGGAGGAGAUCAAUCACUCACUUCACACAGUUCAGGCAAGAUAGAUUAUGACGUUAAUAGUAAUGCUGGACUUAUGUUUUGGAUAAAAUCAUUGCGUCAUAAUGAAUUAUUUCGACAAAAAUAUGAAAUCAACGAUAUACAGUUGAAGAUUGAACCGAUUCGAAGACCAAAAUCUUCACCAAGUAAAAUAUCAGAAUCACCGAAAAAAUUUUCAUCUUUUGCCUCACCAAAGAAACAAUCUGAAACAAGAUAUACGAGUCCAUCAGUUUCACGAAGCGCACAUUUGCAUUCAUCAGAGAGACCCCAAGCAAAUCAAAAUCGCCUUGCUUCGUCUGUACCUCCUCAACAUAAAGUAUCGCGGAGUUUUUCGAAUAAUAAUAAUAACAGCAAUAAUAGCUGGGUAAAUCCAGAAAACCAAGAAAUACAUCCACAGAAUGAAGAUGUUGAAAUAAAAACAGAGGAGACAGAUACUAUAGAUCCCAGAAGGUCUCACCCAGUCAUAGCAUUUUCAGAAAAUAUACAAAAUGAAGUUUUGGAAAACGGUUCAGAACAAAUUACAACGCAGCAUGUACCAGUAUCAUCAGUUGAGCAUGAAGAGACACAAGAGAACAAAUUACAACAGCCUUCUCAAGUUGCAGCAAAUGUAUCUGAGAAACCUUUGAGAGAUUCAUCGAAUUUACCUAUUGCAGCACCUGUGCAACAUGUCAACGGACAAUUGAAGGUGGAUGAAUCGUAUGAUAAAUUUUUGUCAGAAAAGAAAAAGCAAAAAGUGGAACAUCAAAAAUUUUUGGAACAAUUGAAAGAAAAAGAGAAAAAGAACGACGAGAUUCGACAAAUACUUUUGCAACAACAAGCUGAUAAUUCAAAAAAAGCCACAAUGGAAGAACCACAACAUCAUACUGUAAAACCCACUCAACCAAUUCCAAGAUCACUAAAGCAGAAAUCAUUAGAUUCUUCGCUCUUACAUACAGAUUUGCCGAAGACUCCACCUCCGAAAAAAAUCUCAUUUGUUCCAAUCGAAUAUACUGAAGAUGUUCAAGCAAUAAGAGCUGUUGAAUUUCAUCCGAGUGGUCAAGUUUAUGCAGUCGGUUCAAAUAGUAAAACUUUAAGAAUAUGUAAUGUUCCAAGAGAUUUGGUUUUAAAUUACGGCUCUUCGCCGAGAAGUUUGAAGAAACUGGAAGAUAUAAAAAGUCGCACACCAAGGUCUUCUGAUGUUCUUGUUAAAAAAUCUGAAUACCAUCGAGGUUCAAUAUAUUGCAUGGGAUGGAAUGCUGAAGGAUCGUUGCUGGCUACAGGUUCAAAUGAUAAAUUGAUCAAAACUCUUGGAUUUGAUAUAUUGGGAAAAACUUUAGAUGAAACACCUCGAGAAAUGGCAUUUCAUCGAGGUAUUGUAAGAGAACUUGAAUUUUUACGAGACAGUAAUAAUAUAUUGGCAAGUGCUGGGGCCGAUGCGAUGGUCUUUAUUAUUGAUUGCAAUCACAAGAAACAGAUUCACAGUUUGGCUGGUCACACAGAUAAUGUGCUUUCUCUGUGUUCUUGGGAUCAAGGAAAAUUAGCUACGGCUUCCCAAGAUAAAACUAUUAGAUUGUGGGAUGUCAGAAGUCCGAGUUGUGUUUCGAUUUUCGAUACCAGUCAAAAGGAAUCUUGUUUUCCAACAAGCGUUUGUGUUGAUAACAGUGGAAGAUGGGUAGCUGUUGGUUUGACCAAUUCUAAAGUUGGACUGUAUGAUCGAACUGCAGGAAAAAUGGCUAUUGAAUACAAAUGCCAUAAUGAUGAAGUAAGAUGCGUAAGAUUCAAUCCUGUCUUUGAAAAUCAAUUAUUGUCAUCUUCUUAUGAUGAAAAUGUUGUUUUAACAAAUGUUGAUCAGAUGAUGUCUGAAAUGGAUCCAAGUUACUCUCAAGAGCGACAUUGGUCCGUCGUUGCAAAAUGCAAGAACAAAAUCAUCCAAUGCAAAUGGCAUCCAAAUGGUGAAGCAUUUGCCACAACAUCGGUCGAUAAAACUUGCAGAUUGUGGCUGAAAGUGAUCAAUUGAUUAAAAAUUGUCUAUUCUUACUUCAUAGCAAGGAUGGGGCGUCCUGUAUGAUGAUACUUGAAAUAUAUCCCAUUUUCAAAAUUUAUGUACAAGCCAAAUGUCAAAAAUUGUUUAUAACUGUACCAUUGAGAUGACUCUUGCAUUAAUAAAUCUUCAGCAAUUUAUAAAUGUUGUACUUUAUCACCUGUUUAACUAUCAUACAUUUUUCAAAUGUUUCACAAAUUUUCUCCGAACAAUACUCUACACCAGCUGAUUUACACACAUAUGCAUACAUUCAUUAAUGUGGCUCCUUAGAUUUCCAUCUCAGAAUGCUAGCAUGGGGCGGAAGUUUCUGAGUUAAUGAAUGGUCUACCAUACCGAGUAAGUUUCCCACUCCAUCUUUGAAGCAAGAUAACACAAUCAUCAUGGUAUUAGAGUGGCUUAUAAAUAUGACUUGUUGUUAAGCAUGCUUUGCAUGAUCACAUCAAAACAAUUUUGCUGUUAAGUAUUGAGAUUAUAUUGUAUUUUGCUAAAACUUUACGAUAGAUUUUUGUGAGUGUAUCAGAGUUUAAGCCAAUCAGUAGUUACUUUGUUGAGCAUAUACUUUACAUUUAUGAUAACGUAGCGCUUCACCUCUCCAAAUACAAUUUUCAAUGACUGGUAUAUUUUUAUGCUGUUAAAAUUCUAUUUGGAAUUACUAUUGUCUGGAUAAAUGUCAUACAACCUUCCAGUAAAAUUAUAGUUUGAAUUAAUGCUAUAUUGCUCUUGAGUAUUCAAGGCAUUUUGUUAAUCUUAUUAUUACUAAGUGGGUUGUAUUGUUGAAACAACAUGGAGCAGUAGAUUGUGAACAAAAAUUCAUUGUUGAAAAUUUGUUCACUUUUUGAUAUACCCUUUACAGCAGGGGUCGGCAACCUUUUGUCGCUCGCGGGCCAAAAUCGAGGGUUGCAAGUCAUUGGCGGGCCGCACCCAUAUUUUUAGAAAGUUGAAAACCGAACGGAUGAUACGUUUUAUAAUGAAAAUUAAGCAGUGAUACAUCUCUAGAAUAGAACAUAUGGUCAUUGAAUAUCAUCGGCGACUUUGAACCCUUUUCACAACUUUUCUGCGUUUUUUUUUCAAUUGUUUAAUUGUAGUUAAAUUAUAGGCUCAUUAAACGAGUAAUUGUGAAUUUUAUACCUAUUAGAUUAUAAUUUAAUUUAGUCUAUACGUGUCUCACAAUA